AUGACGACUGUUGAGCAGCCGGCUCGCCAUAUCCACUUCAGCUCCAAUUACUCGACUCAGUCCUCAGCCAGGCCAAUCCCCGUCCUCACAACCAGUGCUCCCGAUUCUGACGCUUCUCCUGACCCAAUGGAUACAAGUUCCGACAACGCGGCUCGGGAUUCUCAGAAUACCAGUCCCAGAGGCGACAGACAGAACAUGCAGUCUGGAAACUCGAUCGAUCAAGACAGUCAGUCCAAUCUGCGAAAUGGAGCCAUUGGUCAACACGCAGUGGGUGCUGCAGCAGCGGCACAGCAGCCCAAGGCCAUCAGUGCAGCCUUCAUCCACAAAUUAUACAGCAUGCUCGAAGACCAGAGUAUACAACAUCUGAUCUCGUGGUCCAGCACCAACGAAAGCUUCGUCAUGUCACCCUCAACUGAAUUUUCCAAAGUCCUAGCCCAGCACAAGCUAAUGCCGAUACCAAUAGUCAGCGACGUUUUUCAUACAGGAUCUCCUGAUUCACCUUUAUGGGAGUUUAAACAUGGCGCCAACAAUUUUAGAAGAGGCGACCUGAAUGGACUGAGAGACAUCAAACGUCGUGCUUCCAGGCACACUCUGAUACAUCGCGAUUCCUUCUCGAACGCGACACCCAAAAUGACGCUCCAGCCACCGCCUCCGCCUCCCCCAGGCGCACCACCCAUGGAGGCACCAAUGUCGGAUCCCGUCGAGGCUCGACUUAGCAUGCUAGAGUUCAAUCUUCAGGACGUAUACGCAAGGUUGGCAAGAUCGGAAGAUGCAUACGCCAAUCUCAGCGCCAAAUGCCAGAUGUUGUCCGAGGGUUUGGCAAGAUGUCACUACGUGAGUUUCGUGCAAGCGGUAUCUGUAUCAAUCACUGACCUGAAGCUAGNNUGGAGCGGAGAGCUGUCCUCUCAACUACUUGGAAUGGCACCUGAUCCAGAAACUCCCAUUCACAGAGAUGUAUCGGCAUUGCGCGCCGAGAUCAACAGAAAUGCGGACAUCCUGAGAUCACACGAAGUGCCGCACGAAAACUUGCAGCCAACUCGCCCUCCGUACAUGACUGCACCUUCGUACGACCAUGGUGGUCCUGUAUCGCCCCGCCAGCAAGCCAUGGAUGCUUCACGCAGACCUUCUUUGCAACCGACUUCUCGCGCUUCUUCCUUUAGGACACCCAUGCCUCCGCACAUGACAGCAUCGCCCCAUAGAUUUGGUUCCCUCAGUGGUCCGUCUGGUCCACCAUCGCCUUCGUCCAGACAGCCUGCACCGCCACCUCCGCCGCCGCCAACUUACACAACGCUUCCACCUCCGCCAGCACCGGCGCCUCCAGCCCAGGCAGCCUUGCAACAUCGCCCGGCAUCACCUCCCAUGAACCUCUCCCGGCGUCAUACUUCUGCCGACAUUAGACUACGAGGAUGGAACGGUCCACCUCAUGCGAUUCCUCCACCACCACCACCCCCACAUGGAGGUUCACCUUUUACCACAGGAGGGCAAAAUUCUGUACAAUGGCCUACAUCUCCCUUCCGCCAAGGCAACAACGAAGGACAGCAAAUCAGAGAUACGCUGGCGCAGUACGAGCUGCCACGCGCGACAUCCAGACUCGGCUCUCGGCAGACGACACCACCCGAUUCGGGACCUCCGUCGUAUGCCAACAACAGUAGCGAGGCAGGGUGGCAGCUUCCUGGGCCGAAAUUCUCCUUCAAAGGCGUUGAGGCUUCGGCACCAGGAACUCGACGAAGCAGCAUGGCUAGCAAUGUGCACUCUCUGCUCAAUCCUACAGCAGAGUCGAAUCAUGAGCGGGAUGCAGAAGACGGACCAGAAGACAGGAAGCGCAAGAGACUAGGAUAG